CCAAAAUUUUCUUACUGUUUCACCUUCUCAUAUUCAGUCAUGGAAUCGUCACUCUCUCUCUCAGUGCAUGGCCGAGAGAAACGAGAAAGAGAAGACACAGAAUCGGCUGAUCAAAAAGGCAAAGAAGCUAUAGAAAGUGCACUCUCAAUGGGUAUACACCUUCAUACCAAGGAGAAGAAGAUUACACGUGAUCUUCUUCCAUUGGCCCGAAGUUAUCAACUUGAAGCAUUGGACAAAGCUAUCCGAGAGAAUACCAUUGUGUACUUGGAGACUGGUUCGGGCAAAACUUUGAUAGCCAUCAUGCUUCUUCGCAGCUAUGCGCAUCACCUACGAAAGCCUUCUCCUUUCAUUGCAGUGUUCUUGGUUCCCCAAGUUGUGUUGGUCGCUCAACAAGCUGAAGUUGUGAAAAUGCAUACCGAUUUGAAAGUGGGUGUGUAUUGGGGAGAAAUGGGAGUGGACUUCUGGGAUGCAGCGACAUGGAAACAAGAAAUGGAUAAACACGAGGUGCUUAUCAUGACUCCUGUAAUAUUGCUCAAUUGUUUGAGGCACAGCUUUCUCAAACUGAAUAUGAUUAAGGUUUUGAUAAUGGAUGAAUGCCAUCAUGCUAGGGGUAAACACCCUUAUGCCCGCAUCAUGACUGAGUUUUAUCAUCACCAGUUACAAUCUGGUAGCUCUGACCUCCCUCGAAUUUUUGGUAUGACUGCAUCUCCAAUUAAGGCGAAAGUUGGAAAAUCUGAAUCAUCCUUGUCAGAGAAUAUUCGGAAACUAAUGACUCUAAUGCAUUCAAAGGUAUAUACAUGUGCAAGUGAAGCUGUCAUCACUGAGUUCAUACCAACGUCAACACCAAAAUUGAAGUUUUACAAUGACAAUGGAAAUCAAUUUGUAUUAUUUGAAGAAAUAGCGUCUAAGCUCAAGAUGUUAAAAAAUCAGCAUGAACUCACUCUAGAAAGUUCAGAUUUCACUAGAUCAGCUGCUGAGUCUGCACAAAAAAGAAUAACAAAGAUGUUUGAUGCUUUGAUAUUUAGUCUGGGCGAGCUUGGUGUUUGGUUGGCUUUGAAGGCUGCUGAUUCUUUAUCUUCUAGUGAAUUUGACUCGUUUUCAUGGGGACACUGUGGGGAUAAAGUUGCUAAAAACUUUAUUUUGGCCUGUAUAGACACACUAAAAAGUUACUUGCAAUGUGGUAAUGAUUCUACAGCCACUGAGAGAAAUGGUGAAAUCUUAAAUAUAAAUCUUUUGCUUGCAUUUCUAGCAUUAGUUAAUUUUCACACAAUGUUCUUUUCUUACUCAGAUGCUAAGUGGUCUAUUGGUGACAAUAUUAAAUUCGACUUGGAGAUGGGGCUGUUGACCUCCAAAGUUUGCUGUCUUAUAGACUCUAUACUUGAUUACAGGGUUUUGAGAGACAUGAGAUGCAUAAUUUUUGUUGAAAGGAUCAUUACCGCCAUUGUACUUGAAGAUUUAUUCAAUACCUUGCUUCCAAAGUACAAUAGCUGGAAGACUAAAUUCAUUGCAGGACACAACUUUGGAUUGAAAAAUCAGUCAAGGAAUAAACAGAAUGAAAUUGUGGAAGAAUUUCGAAUGGGAUUGGUCAACAUUAUUGUUGCAACAUCAAUUCUUGAAGAAGGCUUAGAUGUUCAAAGUUGCAAUUUAGUUAUUAGAUUUGAUCCAUCUCCUACAGUGUGCAGUUUCAUACAGUCCCGAGGCCGUGCUAGAAUGAAAAAUUCAGACUAUAUAUUAAUGGUUGAGAGAGGGGAUUCAGCUACACGUUCUCGACUUGAGAAAUACCUUGCUAGUGUGGAUAUUAUGAGGAAGGAGUCCUUGAGACAUUCUUCCCUUCCAUGCGACUCUUUUGAAGCUGAUGAAUUUGACAAGGAAGCUUAUCAUGUUGCAAGCACUGGAGCCAUUGCAAAUCUUAGUUCUAGCAUCAGUUUGAUAUACUUUUACUGCUCUCGCCUCCCUGCAGAUGGAUACUUUAAACCGACUCCAAGGUGGGACAAAGAAACUGGAACGUUGUGUCUUCCAAAGAGCUGUCCUCUGCAACCUAUUCGUGUAGUUGGUGACAAAAAACUCUUAAAGAAUAUCGCAUGCCUUGAAGCUUGCAAACAACUUCAUAAGAUAGGAGCUCUGACUGAUAAUCUUGUUCCUGAUAUUGUCAUUCAGGCAGCAGAGGUUGAAGAAUUUGGGAAUGAACCUUAUGAUGCUAUCCAACCAACUUACGUCCCAUUUGGAUUGGUAAAUUGUGUAUCAACUAAUAAUGACACAACAUACCAUUGUUAUUUGAUGGAACUCAGUCAAAAUUUUAGCUAUGAUCUCUGUGUGCAAGAUAUUUUUCUUGCUAUGAGAAUUGAGCUUGAUCCAGAAAUUGUGUGCUCCCCAUUUGAUAUGGGUUUUGACAGAGGUAGUGUGUCUGUAAAGUUAAAAUACAAAGGGACCAUGAAUCUUUCGCAAGAUGAGGUUCUUUUGUGUAAAAAUUUCCAGGUCACGUUGCUUAGAAUUCUGAUACAUCAUGAUAUGAACGAGUUGCCAAUUGGUUUGGACAAAAGCUAUCUGCAAGAUAAUGUUGGUAUUGACUAUCUUUUGCUUCCAGCUGUUUGGGAAGGGGAGAUACCACUUGUUAAUUGGUUAGCUAUCAAAUCUGUAAAUGCAUCUAAUAUUACGUGCAAGUGUCAUCAACCCCACAUUAGGACAAAAAGUGGUCUAGUUUGCACUUGUAAACUACAGGAUGCAUUGGUUUGCAAUUCCCAUGCUAGUGGUAAGAUUUAUUUCUAUAUCACCUCUGGUGUAAUGGAAUUAGAUGGAAACUCGCCUUUGGAACUAAGGGCCGGUGGAUUCACAACGUACAAAAAUUAUUAUGAACAACAUCACGGUAUAUCAUUGCAAUUUGAACAUCAGCAGCUGCUUAAAGCAAGACACAAUUUUCAGGCUAAAAAUUAUUGUGAUGGACGCCAACAGAGGAAAGAAGGAGAAGCAAGCAAGGCCUUUGUUGAAUUACCUCCUGAACUGUGUUCUAUAAUCAUGUCUCCAAUAAAAGAUAGUAUCAUUUAUACCUUCUCAUUUAUUCCAUCAAUCAUGCAUCGGAUUGAAUCAUUGCUUGGAGCUUUCAACUUAAAAAAGAUGCAUUUGGAUCAUUGCGCGCAGAAUGAAACUCAAAUAAUGAAGGUGUUAGAGGCAAUAACUUCUAAAAGAUGCAAGGAGUCCUUCCAUUACGAAUCUCUAGAGACUCUGGGAGAUUCUUUUUUAAAAUAUGCUGCGAGUCAGAAACUUUAUCAAACCUAUGAAAGUGACCAUGAAGGUCUGCUAAGUGUUAGAAGGGGAAAGAUGAUUUCUAACGCUGCACUCUGCAGGUUAGGCUGCAGUUCAGGCCUUCCGGGUUUCAUACGAAAUGAACCAUUUGAUCCUCAUUCCUGGAUAAUUCCUGGUGAUAAAUCUGGGAGUUUUAAAAUAGAAGAGUUGAUUAUCAAAGGGAAACAAAUUUAUAUUUCUGGAAAAAGAAAAUUAAAACGAAAGCUUAUCGCUGAUGUAGUUGAGGCACUAAUUGGUGCCUUCCUAAUCACUGGUGGUGAGAAGGCUGCAUUGUUGUUCAUGGAUUGGGUUGGUAUUAAAGUGAAUUUUAAUAAAGUACCCUAUGAGAGGAACUUUGACAUUCAACCAGAGAAACUGAUAAAUGUCAGCCAUUUAGAAUCACAACUAAAUUACUCAUUCCACGACAGUACUCUUUUAGUGGAAGCUCUGACCCAUGGUUCUUACAUGUUGCCUGAAGUUCCUAGAUGUUAUCAGAGACUAGAAUUUCUUGGAGAUUCAGUAUUGGAUUAUCUGAUUACUUGGCACUUGAACGAAAAAUAUCCUGGCAUGUCACCUGGGCAGUUAACUGACAUGAGAGCAGCUUCUGUGAAUAACGAUUGUUAUGCAUGGUCUGCCAUUAAGCAUGGUUUGCACAAACAUGUACUCCAUACCUCACCAGAACUGCAUAAGCAUAUUUCUAUAUCACUAAACAGUUUUGAUAAGUUGUCUUCAUCCUCAACUUUUGGGUACGAGUCAGAGACAUCAUUUCCUAAGGUGCUUGGAGACAUUAUAGAGUCUUUGGCUGGAGCGAUUCUAGUUGAUUCAGGAUACAAUAAAGAGGUUGUGUGGGAAAGCAUAAGGCCACUUUUGGAACCUCUUGUCACACCAGAUACAUUGAAGCUCCACCCCAUCAGAGAGUUGCAAGAAUUGAUACAAAAAAGAAAUUAUAAUAUUAUACAAAAGGAUGUGAAGCGAAAAGAUGGAGUGACCACUUAUAUAAUGGAGGUAGAAGCUGAUGGAAUCAUUCAUCACUAUGAAUAUCUCGGUCAUGCUCUUAAGGACACAGCCAAGAAGAUAGUCUACAAGGAAAUUUUGAAUUCCUUGAAGGAAGAAAAGUUAUAAUAGGAUUUGCUACACAACUUUUUAUUGAUUAACCGAUCAUUUAGGUUGAUGUGGAAAAAAAUAUUUUGGCACCUCUUACACUUGUUUGACACCUUUAUUUUCACUUAAAAAAAACUGGGUCAAAUGAGUGUAAGUGGUGUUGAUAUAUUAUUGCUUUUGUUGAUAUUUCAUUAGUUUUUCAAAGGUUAAAAUAUUCCUCU